AUAAAACUAACUUUAUUAGUUUUGUGAUGAAUUAAGACCUUUACAGUCAAGAUAAGGCUAAUGUCCUCCGAUACUGGCGUCAGAUAAAAAGUCCCUGUACAAACAGCCAUGUUAAAUAAGUAAUCCAGCUCAGUCUUUUCUAAAUUAUGCUGAGGUUCAAAGUACUCAAGACGUUUUCCCUUUGAUAUAAAUAAAGAGAGCGUUUCCUCAUUCUCAGAGCAGCAAUAAGGGAAAGGUGGAGAAAAUGUUAUCAGUGAACGUAGAUUAGUGCUUGUCAUGGUGUGUCGCAUACAAUAGAGGGAGAAGAACAAGGAAACAACAACGGAGGGAAAUACCAGACUCACUGGGAUCCGCUGAGUUUUCUCUUACCGUUAGUGACAAUAAACAUACUGUUGGACGAACCAGACGAGAACCAAAGCAGUCCAGGGGACACACCGAUGGACACUCGGAAAGAGACUGGACCAUGUUUAAACAGCACAAAGCCAUCUACAAGAGGAAUGCCUCAAUCACAGCUCUGCCUCUGUACUACUCUGGGCCCCUGCUGAAGAAAACAAAUGAUAAGAAGGUCAGCGAUGCGAGAUAUGUGGAAAUGAAGAAUUUCGAGCCGUACUUCGGAGAACUACGUGGAAGCCAGCUAUUUCUGUAUAAACAUGAUGCCCAGGAAACGUACACGGAGAAGCUGGACCUGGAGCAGGUGAAGUCCAAGGAUUUAAAUAAACCGUGUGUGACGUCGGCCAUCUUCACUUUCACUCUACAAAAAGAGGUUGUGCUGCUCAAGGUGGACAAUCUUUCCACAGGAGAGGAGUGGAGGUGUUACCUUCUCACUAUGGCCAAAAAAGUGAUUCCCAGUAAUAUGUUACUGCUGCCUGGACAGCUCUUUAAGCUGAGGGAGGCUCUGGAUCAAGAGUUGAGGAGGAGAAAUCUGCCCAGGUUGUGUGCGCCCACCAUGCCAGCACCAUCUUUCCCACCCCCUGCCUCAUUAUCCUCAGCCUCAGCCUCUGCCUCAUCAUCCUCAUCCUCUCCUCAGCGAGCCGCAGCCAAGCCAAACCCCAGCAACUCUGACAUGCCUGCGUGUUUCUUCAAUGUGACACGUCAGGAGGCCGAGGCCAUGCUGGAGCAUCACCCACAGAACGGCAACAUCAUCCUCCGUCCGUCCUCAGAGGGAAACCACGCCGUGACAGUCAGGCUACUGCUGGACAGUGGACCUGUCUUGAGGAAUUUCAAAGUGACCAGGUCACACUUGGGGCUCAUCAUUCACCUCGAUAUACCGGUGAGAGUCCACUCCUUCACUGAUGUACUCAAUCACUUCCUCGAAAACACGGUGCAUCAUCUUUGUCCCUACUCUGAAUCUCAGCUCUACGACACCACCAUCGACCCACUUCCUGUCCAAAUGUGCAACAGCAUCAGCUCCCCUUCACCAUCAAAUAUACCACAGGCACAAGUGAAGCCCAGGCAUCGGUCACAGGAGCCGGAAAAUGACUACGAGGAUCCAGAUGUGUUCCGUUCAACUGACCCGAACCCAAAGCCAGAUCCGGAGGAGAGCGAGCUUGACAGAGUUUAUAGAAUACGGAAAGAAGCCAUUGAUGUCAAGAUGAGCCGGGAUCAAGGCUCGAAUGAGAAAAGACUCCCUAAAGGGUCCAUUGGCCAAGUCGAGUGGUUCACAAACUUUUAAUGUUAUAUUUUUAAUUCAAAAAGCUGGAAAUCAAAAUUAAUGUAAACAAAUUCAUCAACUCCUAUUGUUAUUGUACAACUAAUAAUGCUUUAUUGCAGUCUCCAUUGAUAUUGAGGGUAAUGUUAUGUAUAUUAUGUGUAUGAUGAUGUGAUGUUUUCAAACAAAACUUUGAUUACAUAGAUUAAAUUCAAGUUAUUAUUUAAUAAAGUCAGUAGAAAGUGAGAUCAAUUCAAUAGAGAUUUCGUCCAGAGGAAAUUUAAGUUUGUUAGAUUUCGUUAAAAUAAAAUGUAUAAAGCUGAGGUUUUUUUUUCUCCUGCUGCCUAAACUAAACUAAACUGUUGCAUCUGGAAUAAAGUUUUGAAACUGCACUUUACCAACAGACUUUUAACCAAAAACUACUUGAUAACUUUAAUUAAAGAUUCAAAAAAUUAAUCGCUGUAUAAAAUUAAGUUACUUUCAAUGAUUUACCAAAAGAAGAAAUCCCCGGUGUCAGAUGAUCACAUGACGUCCAAGAAUGAAACUGUAAAAAAACAAACAAAAAAAAAACAAAACACAGGGAUUAUAUACUUUUUUCCUUUGGCCAUAAAAUACAAUAAAACCAUAACAAUAAAUU